GCCUCUCCGUUCUUCUCCGGUGUACCUCCUUUACCCCAGGUCCUCUUCAUUUUCAAGACUCGGCAGAUAUGUCAAGGGCGCAAUUCUUGAGAGAGUACAAGUUGGUCGUUGUCGGCGGUGGUGGUGUUGGAAAGUCUGCCCUCACCAUCCAGUUCAUCCAAAGUCACUUCGUGGAUGAGUACGAUCCUACCAUCGAAGACUCAUACCGGAAGCAAUGUGUAAUUGACGAUGAGGUCGCUCUUCUCGAUGUGCUUGACACAGCCGGUCAGGAAGAAUACGGGGCAAUGCGCGAGCAGUACAUGCGUACAGGGGAAGGGUUCUUGCUCGUUUAUUCCAUCACGUCGAGGCCGUCGUUUGAGGAGAUCAGCACCUUCCACCAGCAGAUCUUGCGUGUCAAGGACCAGGACACUUUCCCAGUCGUGGUAGUGGCGAAUAAAAGCGACUUGGAGUAUGAACGCCAAGUAGGCAUGAAUGAGGGUCGAGAUCUUGCAAAGCACUUUGGGUGCAAGUUCAUCGAGACGUCAGCGAAGCAGAGAAUUAACGUGGACGAAGCCUUUUACACGCUCGUUCGGGAGAUCAGAAGACACAACAAAGAGCAACAGACGGGUCGCCCGGUCCAGCCCAGUAUGCCUUCUCAGCCUGGCGUGUACAAUGCGCCAAAGGGUGACUCCGAAGACGCCGGCUGCUGUGGCGGUUGCAUUGUCGCAUGAUCAUCUACGUCUCACCUUCUCUUUACUUCACAUCCUACACUAUAUACCGCCCGCACUGGGCUUAUGGCGUAAACCUCUCCGCUUCUCGCCGUUAUCAUGUUGUUUUCUGCCCCUUCGCCAGUCUUCACUCGUCAUCUGCUCUGUUCUGUUCCGUGUAUUCACAUUUAGCUCGCUCGCCUCCGUUUAUACCAUUCACCCUCACAUGCUCCAACUCCGUCGUUGUGCCCCUCACGCUCCUUUAUCGCAUUGGUUAAUUUGGAAUUUAUAUGCCCGCAUACAGAUAACAGCAUGCCCUAUUCGCAUUCGCAU